CAGAACGCAAUCACCUGGAUGUAAAUAAGUACAAGAUAAGAUCGUUGUCUUAUGAUGGAAAAGGGACUGAAGAUGAGCUACCCCAAACAACUCUUCAGAUGGGAAAGAUGCGGAACCUUACACCAAACGACAAAACAAGACGUAAAAGGCUACAGGAUGUGAACCACACGCGAUCUCGAAGUGAAGAUCGUGACGCGAGAGAAGCUGAUCAUAAAUUGGAUAGGUUUAUCAAGAUACAAGAUGAUGGUAACCAGUAUUCUGUUAAAGACGACUUCAGAUUUAAAAUAAGUUCAACCGAAGAUAACUAUAUGUUCGAUAAAUUCAAAGCAAAGUCCAAAUUAAUACACGAAAAUAAGGGUACCCCUAUGAGUCCUAAAGCGAUGCUGGAUGAGAAUCCAAUGCAUACAGAUAAAUAUGUUUCUGUUGAAAAAAAUGGUAAAAAGAAAGAGGCGUCUGAAGAUUCGAGCAAUCUGUUUGUCGACAAAACUAAUUCCGGUAAUGGCUUAAAAGAUCCUAAUGUACUUAUUAAUGGAAAAGAUUUUCUAAUAAAACACAGAAACAGAAUCAGUAAGUUGAAGAGACGAUUUUUUGAGUCACAGACAACACUGAAGCCACUGCCUAUAAAACACGAUUUUGUCGGGUCUGAAAAAUCUGAAAAUGAAACUGCCGCACCAAGUAGUGAUUAUAUCCAGGACACGGUCACAGCUGAACCGACCAGGAGUUAUUCAAAAAGCGAGCGUUUUGCGACAAAAUCCAGAUCAUCGGUGUUAAACAACUUCGACGAAAUUUUUGGCGGACGGCGUAGAAGGCAUUCGACAGAUGGACCCGACGUUAGAAAUCCAUAUGAAGACAUGCGCAUGCGUUGGUCGACAAGUUCUUGCCAGUAUGCUGUGGUGGUAGCGAUAGAUUUUGGUACAACUUAUAGCGGGUACGCUUACAGUUUUACAGAUGAACCAGAUACAAUUCACGUGAUGCGCAGACAGGAGAGUGGAGACCCCGGAGUUUAUAACCAGAAAAUUCCAACUACAAUACUGUUAACACCGGAAAGGCAGUUUCAUUCGUUUGGGUACGCUGCACGAGAUUUCUAUCAUGAUUUAGACCAGAAAGAAUCGGAAAAAUGGUUGUACUUGGACAAGUUUAAGAUGAUGCUUCACAACGAUGGGCCCUUGCACCAAGAUUCUGCGCUGAAAACAUUGCAUGGGAAGGAAAUAAAUGCAACGAAAGUAUUUUCCUACAGUUUGUCAUACUUCAAAGAACUUGCACUACAAGAGAUAUGUGACCAGGCAGGUGAGAGAAUAACGUGUGACGUCAUCAGAUGGGUUAUCACCGUGCCUGCAAUAUGGAAAGCCUCGGCUAAACAGUUCAUGCGUCAAGCUGCUUAUCAGGCGGGAAUUAUAUCAAAAAACCAAGCGCAUCAACUUCUGAUUGCGUUGGAACCGGAAGCGGCAUCGAUCUAUUGCAGGCGUCUUCGUAUGUUUCAUCUCUUGUCAGAGGGCAGCAAAAGCUCGUGUGCAAGCAUGUCAUCUUUGACAGCCUCAUUGAGUAUGCCUGAUUUGUACAGCAAUGACGUCAGUUUAGUCUCAAAUGAUCUUGAUGUUGGUACACGGUACAUGGUGGUGGACUGUGGUGGUGGUACUGUAGAUAUUACUGUGCACGAAUUACUCGAGAGUGGUAGACUGAAGGAACUGCAGAGAGCUAGUGGUGGCUCGCACGGUUCAGUCGGUGUCGAUGAGGAAUUCGAAAGGCUGCUUUGCACCAUCUUUGGAACUGACCUUAUAAAUUAUUUCAAAAAAAAGCGGCCGUCUGGCUGGGUGGAUCUCUUGUCGAUAUUCGAAUCCAGGAAGAGGACAGCAAGUCCUUACCGAGCCUCACACAUAGCUGUAUCAAUUCCCUUCUCCUUCAUUGAUUUUUACAAGAAAACAAAGGGCAGUUCUAUUGCUAGUGCAGUAAAACAGUAUGGUGAUCCCGAGAUAACUUGGACAAGGAACGGACUUCUGAAACUAGCCCCUGGUGUAAUGAGAAGGUUGUUCUUACCCACUGUAGACAAGAUAAAACAAUCAGUUGGUAGUGUCCUUAACAGCCCUGCACUCAAAGAUAUCUCGUAUAUGUUUCUCGUGGGAGGAUUCGCGGAGUCUUCCAUAGUGCAACAUGAGAUGAGGAAGGAUUUUGGAUCAAUUCUAAAGAUAAUUAUCCCUCCAGGGGUAGGAAUGACCAUACUGAGGGGUGCUGUUUAUUUUGGCCAAGACCCGCAUAUUGUAAACUCAAGAUGCUCCUGUCUUACAUAUGGAGUUGGCGUCCUACGAAGAUUUGAUCCAGCGGAACAUUCAGAGGACAAGAAAGUGACAAAAGAAUGUUUAGACUGGUGCACUGAUGUCUUUGACGUUUUCGUCAAGAUGAACCAGUCAGUUGAAGUUGGAGAGAGGAUCAUCAGACGGUACACACCUGUACGCCGGGACCAAACAGCAAUAACGAUAAACAUUUACAGUACAGAUAACCAGUACGCGCAAUUCAUAACCGAUCCCGGGGUUUCUCUGUGCGGAACACUGACUCUAAAACUUUUGGACAUAGACCAGGGAGGCCCGCGCCGUGAGAUUAGAACAGAAAUGAUAUUUGGAGACACAGAAAUUCGUGUUCACGCGCUGGAUGUUGUAGCAAGCGUAGGUAUAGAGGCCACCGUUGAUUUUAUCAGUUUGUAAAAAACAUUUUUAUCGGUCAGGUAAAGCAGUAUUACAUUUUAUCUAUAAGGAAGCAUGUCUGAUAAUUGAAAGAGAUUUUUAAAGAUGUGAGAUUCAUGUUGAUUUGUAGAAAUACAACGUAAUGUCGUUGCCCUUACGUUGUUUUGUCCUCAUACGUUGUCCACGAGCACACGACAACAUGGAGACAUGAUAAAUCAACAGUUUGACGUGGUUUCGUGUUUUCAGCCUGUGACAAACGCGACUAAUCAGCAGUUUGUCGUACUUUCGUGUCACCGUGUCUUCGCCACGACCACAUGAAGAUACGAAAUACGACAAAUGGGUAGUUUGUCGUCCUUGCGUCUCUUCGUGUUUCGCCUUUUAGUAAACGAGCGCAGAAAGGCUACGAAACUUACUGUUGAUUCGAAACGGCCGAAUAAUAAUAAUAAUAAUAGAUAAAUGAUAAUAAUAAUAACAAUAAAAUGCCCAAAAUUUCAAAUGUGUACCAGUCUACAGUAAAUGUGUUAUGAAUUUUGGUAAACAAUAUCUGCACUUGAAAGAUUAACAUCUUGAAACGUCAUGUUUUGUCUGUUUGGGGCGAAGACAUGAUCACAUGACAAAUAAAGAGUUUUAAGUUUCAAUUUUUAUAAAAACUAAAUAUAAAUAUCGCAGAACAGGCAAAUAAAGCAAUGUUCUCUUUACUAAAGAAAAUGAGAGCUCUUAAUUUAACUAUUGACCUCCAAAUUAAUCUAUAUAAUAAAGUUAUUAAACCUAUUUUGUUAUAUGGAUGUGAGAUAUGGGGCCUUUCAAAUAAUAAAGACAUUGAAAAGGUACAGCUAAAAUUUCUUAAGCUAAUACUUAAUCUAAAGAAGUCAACACCAUCACAUAUGAUUUAUGGAGAAGUAGGUGUCACAACUCUACAACUAGACUUCAAUUCUAGAAUGAUAAGGUUUUGGAGUAAAUUAACAGAUAUUACAAGUAAUAAGUUGUCUAAUAACAUGUAUAUAAUUUUAAAUGGACUUCAAGAACAAGGGAAAUCAAACUCAAAGUGGUAAAUGUAUAUAAACUAGAUGCCCACGGGCAACAUGUCGAGCCCGUCAGCUGUCAAAAGGACUGGGAGUUGCAUACGACACUCUGUCUCAUUGAGGCAAACAUUUAUACCAAAUAAAAAAAAGAUUGCAAAAAGUUACAAUAUAAGUUAUUUGUAGUAACAGCAAAGGGAAGCAAAUCUUAAAAAAAAAUUCAUAGUCCACACAAAAAUCCUUACCAGUAGAGAUAAGUCAAAAUACACCUCAAAAUUGGAUGUAACAUGCAUGUUGUACUACAGAAAAGUGGUCUUGAUUUUUCCCUACGACCAGUAAUAAAAAAAGUUACAAUAUAAGCUAUUUAUAGUAACAACAAAGGGAAGUAAUUCUAGGUUCCUGCGCAUGACACUCCGUCUCAUGAUGGUGAACAAUUGUGCCAAAUUACAUCAAAAUCCCUCUAUGCAUGAAAAAGAAAUGCUCCGGACAAAGUUGUCAUUCUUGUAUACUUUGACUUCUAAGUGUGACCUUGACCUUAGACCUAGGGACCUGAUUCUUGCGCAUGACACUCCGUCUCAUGAUGGUGAACAAUUUUGAGGGAGUUUUUACAAGAUAAUUUUCAAAACCAAAUUGAUGUUAGUUAAUACAUUUACGUGAUUGUUCUAUGGUAGAAUUCCAUUCAUUCAAUAAGUCUGACAGUUUCUGUUUUACUGAUACUGUCAACAAUUUGUGGAUAGGAAACUCAUGAUUAUUCCUAAUAUUGUACAGUCCACAUUUGUAAUCUAGAUACAGUUCGAAAACUUUUUCAGAAUAUUUAAAGUUUCCAUCGUACGGGAUAGUACGGCAGAACAUGAAAUGGUCAGGUAGAUUGUUGGUAAUGAUAAUGUUCAUUUAUCAAAUAUUUUUCUUUUAUACACCUAAACCUUAACAUCACUCACUUUCAGUUAGGUGUGACUUUAAACCUAAGAUGUAUUUCAAAAACUUAGGCUGAACUCUAUACAUUCAAUAUUACCAUAUCCCCAUAUCUCACACCCAAACAGUAGUACAGGAUUUACAGUUCUGUUAAAUAUAUCUAUCUGCAUGUCAAUAGAUAAUUGUAACAUUUUACAUUUUUCUAUACAAAGCUUUAGAUCUUUCUUUACCUUAGAUUAUUUGCUUUAAAAAAAAUAGCCACUUCUUCACCUCUUUAAUACUUAUAAUUGGUCUACAAUUUCUAACGAUUCAUUCCCAUAGGUAAAACUAUAUGGCAUGCGUCAACCAUUU